AUGCACGUCUUCAAGAUCACCGACACCCUUCCCCUCCCCAAGUCGAGCGAGCGCAUUCCGCGCCUCGGAUUCGGCGUCUACCGCUCCCCGCCCAACCAGUGCAAGCAGUCUGUCCGGAAGGCAUUGGACGCGGGAUACCGACACAUCGAUACCGCGCAGUUUUACGCCAAUGAAGCAGAAGUUGGAGAGGCGCUACGCGAUUCCGGCAUGCCCAGGGAGGAGGUCUUCAUCACUACUAAGAUCCUCAGCCCCGCGGCCUCGAUUGAAGCUACCUAUGAUAAACUGCUUGCUUCUGUGCACAAGAUCAGUGGCCCAGAUGGAUAUGUCGAUUUAUUCUUGAUUCACUCUUCCAGCUCCGGCUCUGCUGGGCGCAAGAUGUUGUGGCAAGCGCUUGAGAAGCUUCAUGCGGAAGGCAAGGCGAAGAGCAUUGGUGUUAGUAACUUUGGUGUUGGGCAUAUCGAAGAGAUGCGCUCAUAUGCCCAGGUAUUCCCGCCUCAUGUAAAUCAAAUUGAGCUCCACCCAUGGUGCCAACAGCGCGUUAUUGAUGAUUACUGCCAGAGGAAUGGUAUUAUCGUUGAGGCCUAUUCACCUAUCGUGCGGAAUUACAAAGCCAAUGACCCCACAUUGGUGGAGAUUGCGAAGAAGAAUGGCCACUCGACCCAGCAGGUCUUGAUCCGCUAUGCGCUGCAAAAGGGAUGGGUGCCUUUGCCCAAGUCAGAUACCCCGGAGCGAAUUGUCGCCAACGCAGACGUCUUCGACUUUGACUUGGACGUGGAGGACAUGGCUGUGCUGAACGAUCUGGACCAGGGAAGUGCAGGUGCUAUUGUCGAGGCCGUCAACAAUGAAUGA